GUGUUCCCGCCCAUUUGAUAAGCUACAGUAGCAGCCUAGAUUUGGACCGCACAUCGGAUAAAAAUAUCUGGUGAAGCUUCCUCCAUACUCAUGUGAAUUGUGAUAAAGAGAAAGAGUAUGCGAGAAGCUAAGCCACUGGGCGCUGGAUAUUUCCGUCAGAUCCGGCCACCUGGAGAAAGAGGGAUUCUGCGUACACAUCUCAAGAGAGAGAGGGGGAGCGUAUGGAGAAAGUUUUCCAUCAGAUCCACAUGUUCUUUCUUCUCUUUUCGCAGCCGCUUCACCGUCUACGAUCGCCAUCAAAUUCCAAUCAGCACAUUGCCGUAGCGAGAGAGAGAGCAGACCACCGUAGGAAUUCCGCCGAAUCAGCAGAAAUUCAUCUUCACCGGGAAGCAGCAUGAAGACGGCCGGACCCUUGCCGACUACAACAUCCAAAAAAGCUACUGGCAGAGGUGAAGUCAACAGGGCUAGGCUAAGGUUACAAUCAUAUCUUCCCCCAUAGAGGAUGGACGGGGCAACACAAAGUAGAUGUUGCAUUCAGAGAAUAGAUUUAGCGAUGGUGGAAGACAACCAUGACGAUGGGAAACGUGAGACGAAAACAAAGAGGCUAUGUGGUUGUUACGGAGCUCCUUUUCUUCAUUGUCUUAUGCUACAUUUCGUGAUAUGCCAAAAAAAGGAUUGCAUUGCAGAGAAAAACCAGAUAUGAAUCUCUAACCUGUCUUAUUCGUCAGGGUUUGAUGAUUUCAUCAGUACUUUUCAUAAUUUAAUGUUAUGGAAUUUCCUUAUUUGCCUAUAUGUAUUCCAUAUUCUAUCAACUUGGUUUUAUAAUGUUCUCUUACAAUUUUAUUUGUAGCAUUUUUAGCCAAAUAUUUGGGCCUAUUCGUGAGUGGGUAACACCUAUUCUUGCAAGGAUGCUUCCCUCUAUUCGGUGUGCUCCUGACGAUUUUACUAUUGUCAACAUCCAAGAAGGUGUAAGUUUGCUAUCACUAUGCAUAUAUAUGUGGCCGGAGUAUUUCACAAAAAGUUUCCUGCAAGAGGUACUUUGGGUUCGGUAUUGUGAGUCAAGGACGUAUUGAAUAAGCUUGAAGGUAAAGCUGCCAAAUUCCAAAAAUUCAAAGGAUUUGGGGAAUUUGUUAGACUAUGAAUAGAACUUCCUAAGAAUGUUAGUUUAAUUGUUGUUGGACUUUAAUCAUUGGUUAUUAUAAAUUGGAUUAUUCGAUUUACUUUUUAUUACUCUAUUAAUAUAGGUUAAGCUUUGAUUUUGUAAUUUAGAUUAUAUAACUCUUGCAUCAGAUAGUAACUAUUGGAUCACCUCUUUUA